AAAACCUCGAGCCAAGUUCUCCCCCCAAGCACACACACCGAAUAACCGGCUAGUUGUAGGUCUGCACUAUGUGGCGAGCCGUUCGACCCUUCCGGGUGCAUUAUGGUGCGGUCCGAUCGCGCCCAGGCGGGUCGCCCCAGGGAUCGAGUUUAGCCCGCCGAGCUUUGAGUGCCAGUGCCAUACGCCCUGAUGCCGGGUUAGAGGCGGGCUUGUCUGCGACGGUGCCGACUGAGCCCAUUUUGAACGCGCUGGGCGAGCCCACCUUUCAGAGCCUGGGCUUGGGUCACGCCUACCCGUCGGGCUGGGUGCAGUCUGGACUGGAAUUGAUUCACGUUCAGAGUGGGCUGCCUUGGUGGGUCAAUAUCGUGACAGCCACGUGCUUGUUACGUUUCUUACUCUUCCCCAUCGUGGUCAACGCCCAACGAAGCAUGGCUGCCAUGCACAACGUCAUGCCACAAGUGAAACAAGCGCAAGCCAAGAUUUUGAACGCCAGCGAUCGAAAAGCUGGUCAGGCCGCAUCCCAGGAAUACCAACGCAUUCUAAAAGACAACAAAGUCAGUCCUUUAGGCCCUUUCGGUCCUAUGCUUAUCCAGGGCGGGUGCUUUACCUCCAUGUUCUUCGGUAUCCGGGGCAUGGCCAAUCAACCCGUUGAGAGCAUGCAAAGUCAGGGAAUCUUAUGGUUCACGGACCUCACCGUGGCUGAUCCGUUGCUGGUUUUACCCGUGGUGACAGCCGGAUCUUUAUUCCUCUUCAUUUAUAGUAAUGCGGAGAUUGAUUCGGGCGCCAUGGGUCAGACCGUUCGCAAAGUCAUGCUGGCCUUACCCGUCUUGAGUAUACCGGCCAUGUGCUUCUUCCCCGCCGCUCUCAAUUUGUAUUGGUUAACCAACAAUAUCUUGACCAUUGGGCAAGCCAUGCUCAUUAAAUUACCCGCAGUGCGAACUCAACUGGGCAUUCCCGCACGGCGUGAGUACACCCCGCAAGAAGCUGAGAUUGUGGCUAGUUUCCUGCCCAGGGCAAAGCCCAAAGAGGAAAGUCUUUCGAGCUCGACACACCAACCCCUUAAAGGCCAGAUUCAAGAUUUCACGGACAUUGAAAAGCGGGUGAAAGCCAGUCAAGCAGCUCGACGACGGAAACAAUCCUAAUGGGUCAGGGCCCCUGGAGGACCCAAAAAUGGGAAACAUGGCGUGCGCUUGGAUAGAAGAAAUAUACUAAUAAUCAGUGAUCUAA